UCUUAUGAAAUAGUAAGAAAUAAUGAUAAGUAGUAAUGACCAAAUAAAUAGUUUAAAGAUAACAAGUAAAAUUGUUAUAAUUGGAAUUGAGUUAUUGAUUUUUUUGAAAUAGAAAACUUUUAACACUUAGUUAUCCGUUACUAUGGUAAUUGUUGCAUUUAUCCAUCCCGAUCUUGGAAUAGGUGGUGCAGAGCGAUUAGUAUGUGAUGCAGCUUUGGCACUCAAAAAGCAAGGUCAUAUUGUGCAAAUAUUUACUUCACAUCAUGAUUCGAAACAUUGUUUUAAUGAAACAAUAGAUGGAACACUUUCAGUUAAAGCUGUUGCGGAUUGGUUACCAAGGCAAACCUUUGGAAGAUUCUAUGCCUUUUGGGCUUACAUUAGAAUGAUAACAGUUGCUUUGUAUCUAAUAUUUCUUUCUGAUUAUAAACCUGACAUAUUUAUUUGUGACCAAAUAUCAGCAUGUAUUCCGAUACUAAAACUAAAUCGACAAGCUCGUAUAAUUUUUUAUUGCCAUUAUCCAGAUAUGUUGUUAACAAAACGAGAGACACUCAUAAAAAAGUUAUAUAGAUUUCCUAUUGAUUGGUUAGAGGAAUUUACUACAGGUCUUGCUGAUACAGUUUUGGUAAACAGUAACUUCACAUCAGAAACAUUUCAUCGUUCUUUUACAACAUUGUUUAGCAUUCAACCUAAAGUGCUCUAUCCAAGUUUAAAUUUUGAAUCCUUUAAACAAAUGGACACUCAAAAACGAAAAGAACUCAUAGAGGCCUAUUUACCUCCAGGGAAAGAGUUUAUUUUUCUCAGUAUUAACCGAUAUGAGCGCAAGAAAAACCUUGCACUUUGUAUUAAUGCACUUAAAGAAUUAAAAAAGUUGUGUCUGCUCAAAACUUGGAAAAAGGUGCAUCUUAUUAUUGCUGGGGGUUAUGAUGAGCGAGUAACUGAGAACAAAGAGCAUUAUUUGGAACUACGCGAGCUUGCAGUAUCAUCUGGGGUGAGCGAAAACAUAACAUUUGUGUGUUCCAUAACUGAUGAACAAAAGGUUGCUCUGCUACAGACUGCCACAUGUCUUAUUUAUACUCCUAGUAAUGAACAUUUUGGUAUUGUACCUAUUGAAGCUAUGUAUAUGAAGUGUCCUGUAAUUGCAUGCAACAGUGGUGGCCCAAAAGAAACAGUACUACAUAAGGUUACUGGCUAUUUGUGCGAACCAAAACCUGAACACUUUGCUAGCUCACUCAUGACAUUUAUCAAUGGUGAUAAAAUAACUACUACCAUGGGUGAAAAUGGCUAUGAUAGAGUAAUUAAAAAUUUUUCAUUUGAUGCCUUUACAUUGAAGCUUGAUUCUUUGAUUAAAGAAUUAAGCGAUAAAAAAUUAGAUCGAAGCGAAUCCUGGAGUGUUAUUUUGUUUGUCUUUUUUUUGCUUUUACUGUAUAUCGUCCAUUGGUUAUUUUUGUAGUUAAGUUAUUUUUCUCAACAGCUUUUGUAAAGUUGUUUUUAAAUAUUUUUUUAAUAUAAUUUUAAUUGAAGCAUAAUUAGGUUAUUGUAUACUUAUUAUUUAUUUGAGUCAUUAUUUUGUUAUUCAGAAAUUUCUUUAUGACACUUAUGGUAAUUUAUUUUGUAAUCAA